CUGCUUCCCGUGUGACAGGGCGGAGUGCUGUGAGAGACCAGGCGGGCUGACAGUUGUGUCAGAAAGAGGGGGCAGGCCGGGGCCCUUCGGAGCCACCCACAGUAUUUAUAACCAUACAGGAGCGGAGCAUGGAGAGCAUGGCGCGGCCCCGGGUACAGGAGGGAGCCCUCAGACAGUCCGGCCUGAGCGCAGGCAGCAGCAAUGGCUAUUACUGCCGUUAAAGCAAUAUGCUUGCAAAAAGUUGACAUACAGUUGUUAACAUGGCCAGAUCUAGCUCGCCCGAUUCCUCUCUUUCCAUCUCUUCACUCCUGGCCAGUUGCAGCCUGAGCAGCAGCAAUACCUCUUCUCAUUCACCGAGUGGUAUUGCAUACAAGGACCAGCUGUAUGAUUCAGCCAGCAAAGCACUGGAGGCGUAUAUUAAAGACUAUGACGAAAAUCUCCAGUCCCCUGGGAAAAUUACCAUUGGCAAGUCUACAAGGAUUCCUGUUACAAAAAAAGCAAAUCCCAGAGUGGGCAGUAAGCCUCCAUCCUCCAUAAGAAGACCUGUUGUUAGAGACUCAGACCUGCUCAGCCUUACCACAGAUGAUCUUUUGAGUUUUCCUUCUGAUGGAUCAUUGCCUUUGUCUCACUCAUCUUUCCGUGGACAAAAAUAUAGUAGAACUAGUAGGAAGCAACAUGUUUCUUCUUGGAAAAAGCAAAUGCCUCUAUCUUCACCGUCAAAUAGAUUACCAAAGCUUAAUAUUCUGGAUCUCCAGCCUUCCUUUCCAAAAGGAAUCCACAAAGAAAGUAGAAGAGACAGAUCUAUUUCUUAUGGAGUGGAGGACAUUGAAAAUAAACCUGUAUUAAAUGAUCAAAGCACAUUUUUAAAAGAGUCUACAUUGCCAAAUAGUUAUCCAAGGUGGUUAACUAGCCAGAAGUCUGAACUGAGUGUGUCCGGACUCACUAGUGUUCCUGAUGUUAAAUAUCCGGUCUGGUUAAAACACCAUGGCCUGCUCUCUGACUCCGACAGUGAAUCUACAAGUCAUUUAUACCAGUCAUUAGAAACUUGUCCUCGUCUACAGACCUACAGGAGGUUAUAUGGAUCAGUACCUCUGGGCCGGUCCCACAGCCUUCAUGUACCACUAAAUGAUACAUAUCAGGAUAAUAAAGAUUCUAACGUUGCCCCAACUGACUUUGUGUAUAAAAAUAUUACUUCUCGUCAGUCUGGUAUGGAUAUUAACAACCAUUUAAAUAUGCUAUCAAAAAGUUUAGCACAGGAGAAGUCUGAACAUGCCAAAGAUUUUCUAAAUGAAAGAUUUUCAAGCCCUUUAAAAAAUGAUAGAAGCCCUCGGACAGAAGAAAUUCUUGAACAAGAGAGGUCAUGGGAGAAGAUUCCAUUUCCCCUGAAAACUCCUGUUCCUGUGUUAUGUGGAGACAAUGAUCAAAAUGUUCUGUCUGCCUCAAGGCAGAAUCUUGUUGAAGAAUUCCUCGAUGAUUGUCUUAAAAAAGAUGGCCAAAGUCCUGUAAGCAAAUUCUCUGGUGGUAAUCACCAUGGUCCUGUGGAGGCUCUGAAACAUAUGUUGUUCAAUCUUCAGACAUUUCAGCAAAAUUUCAGCCAGGGUAAACCUGCUGAGCAGGGGAAAGAAGUUAAAAAUACCUCUAAACAAGCUAAUUCUGAAUUACUGCAUUUUGACCAAGAGAUGUUUCCAGUGAAUAAAUCUCUUCAGAAGGCGAUGCUUCAUUUAUCACGACUCAAAGAGCUUGUGAGUGAUGUCAGUGUAAAUCAUAAAGAAGAGAAGAAUCAGGAACCUUAACACAUUAACCGUUUGCCAUAUUUUGCUGUUUACUGUUUAAAGUUUAUUACAAAUAUUUUCAGUGUUACCUUGAAG